UUUUGUCUUUCCGUUGAUCCCGCUGCCCGAGCUUCUUCCUCCCACCCGUCGCCGCGGACUGCGAAACUCCAGUUCCACCUCCCGGAGCCCGACUCAGUCCAGACUUGGGUUCUCCCCCCCCUCUUAUUUUCCUAUUUGCUUCAUGCUACUCCCCCUCCCCUAUUCCUUCGUUCAGGUUCUAUCUAAUCCCUGUGCCAGGAGAGUUCCCUAACCCACCCUGCUCAGCAAGGGCCCCCCCGCCCCGGUAUCGCCCUGUGGGGGACCGCCAAUGCCCCCCAUCCCCGCCCUCCUGUUAGCGGCGACCCUCUUUCCUUGAAGGGCCGAGCCGCCCCCCUCUCUGGGCGCGCCAUGUCGAGCGAGGAGAGCUACCUGGCCAUCCUGCGCUACCUGACCAACGAGCGGGAGCCUUACGCGCCGGGCACCGAAGGCAACGCCAAGCGCAAGAUCCGCAAGGCCGCCGCCUGCUACGUGGUGCGCGGCGGCACUCUCUACUACCAGCGCCGGCAGCGGGACCAGCAGCGCUUCGCCGAGCUCGAGGUGGUGUUGCAAGCCGAGCGCCGCGCCCGGCUUAUUCGGGCCGCGCACCUGGAGGUCGACGGCACCCACCGCACCCGCCUGCAGACCUGGCAGCGCCUCUCCAGGCGGUACUGGUGGCGAGGUAUUCUAAAGCAAGUCAAAGAUUACAUUAAAGAAUGUAGCAAGUGCCAAGAAAAAUUAGAUCGCUCCAGAUCCUUGUCAGAUCCUUCUGAAAUGUUGGAAGAGCUUGGAUUAGACACAGCAUUGCCUGAAGACAGCAAUGAAACAGAUGAUGAAUUAAGUAAUUGCUCCUCGGCUCCCAGUUGCCUCACCAAAGCCUGUGAAAAGAAGCCAAUAGCCAAACAUGAGCUUGUAUUUUGUAAGUUGCAUUUAGGAUAUCUUGUGGAUAGCAAAGGCCUGGUGAAACAGACUUCUUCAAAGCAUUCUCAGUCGGUCUUGAACCAGCUGAACCAACAGCUGCUUUCCAGUCAAUUUUGUGACGCUACUUUGCUCAUUGAAGGAGAAGUGUACAAACUGCUUUUGGCAGCUAAUAGCUUAUACUUCAGGGAACUCUUCGAAAAAAGGAGCUGUUUCCAGUCACGAGCUGUCGUGGAUCUUUCAGGGUUUUGCAAGGCCAGCUUUCUCCCUUUAUUGGAAUUUGCUUAUACCUCAGAAUUGACUUUUGAUUUUUGUAACAUGGCAGAAGUGGCAGUGCUGGCUCGACAUCUCUUCAUGACGGAAGUCCUAGAAAUCUGUGAAAAUGUGCACAAACAAAUGGAAGACAAACAAAUCACGGUGUAUCAGAAAGGGGAUGUUCAGGUAGUUGAAGUAGCUCAGAAUCUUUUAGAGCAGACUGAAAAUGGGGCAAACCCUGCAGACAGCACUGAGCAGCCUUCACCCACAGACAAUGAAGUCACAACUGUGAAUGGAGCAUAUUCAAGCACUGAAGUGGACGAGGUGACUGCGCCAGAGGCUGUCCUGCAAACUAUACCAGAACCCCCUGUGGACAAUUCUCCAAAGUCUGUGGUGCAUUCUACUGAUAUAGAAACAACUGAAAGUAAUGUAAAAACACCAACGGAGGAAGGCAUCACUGAUCAGAGUGUAUCUGUGGAGCAGUCUGAGGCUCCAGCAACAGAACAAGAAGUUGUCAGCAUGCCAGCAGAAAGUGAGGCUGAUAAAAAUGUGAGCAGCGAACAAAACGUAAGCAGUGAAUUAACUGCAGAUGCUGCUGCUGAAGAUUCCCAGGAAGGACUUAAGCGAAAACGCGGUAGGCCAUGUAAAACACAAAGUGCUCCACUGCCUCAGUCACAGACCUCCGUUUCCAGUCAAGAUGACACUUACAAAAGCAAGCUUCGCCAACGGUCUGUCAGCGAAGGUGGCUAUAUCAAGUUGCACAAGGGCAUUGAGAAAAAACUGCAGAACAGAAAGUCGGCCAACAAAUCAGCCAUUCAACAGGUUGCCAUGAAGUUAGUGCAAAGAGGCAAAAAGAUGAAGCAGCCCAAGAGAGACCCUGUGGAGCACAAUGAGCCAGAAGCACAGCACAAAUGUAGUGAAUGUGGAAUGGUUUUUCAGAGACGUUAUGCCCUUAUAAUGCACACACUGAAACAUGAAAGGACGAAAAAUUACAAAUGCCCACUGUGCAAAAAAGAGUUCCAGUAUGGUGCCUCAUUACGAGCUCACCUUGUUCGUCAUACCCGAAAAAACGAAGUGACUGUUGCGACUGCUAGUAUUGAAGAGAGUGGCACAGCUGCAAAGGGCAGAACUAAACGGGAGUUUAUAUGUGACAUAUGUGGAAGAAGUUUGCCUAAAUUCUAUUCUCUGAGAAUUCAUAUGCUGAAACAUACAGGUGUAAAACCACAUGCAUGUAAGAUGUGUGGUAAAUCAUUUACCUACAAGCAUGGUUUAAAGAUGCAUCUUGCACUUCAUGAGGCACAGAAACAGUUUAAAUGUGAAUUGUGUGAGAAGUCAUUUGUCACAAAACGAAGCCUUCAGGAGCAUGUGAGCAUUCACACAGGAGAAUCAAAAUACUUUUGUUCACACUGUGGAAAAUCUUUCCAUAGAGCUUCAGGACUUAGUAAGCAUAUAAAGAAGCACCAGCCAAAACCUGAAAUUCGUGGAUAUCAAUGUACUCAAUGUGAGAAAAGUUUCUACGAACUUCGAGAUCUCCGUCAGCAUAUGAAUAAGCAUCUUGGGGUGAAACCAUUCCAGUGUGAAUUUUGUGGAAAGUGCUACAGCUGGAAGAAAGAUUGGUAUUCUCAUGUGAAGUCACAUUCUGUUACAGAUCCCUACAAGUGCAAUGUCUGUGGCAAAGAAUUCUAUGAGAAAGCUUUGUUCAGAAGACAUGUCAAAAAAGCCACUCAUGGAAAGAAAGGGAGAGCCAAACAAAACUUGGAACGUGUAUGUGAACAUUGUGGGAGGAAAUUCACUCAGCUGCGGGAAUACAGAAGACACAUGAAUAACCAUGAAGGAGUUAAACCCUUCGAAUGUCUCACCUGUGGAGUGGCCUGGGCUGAUGCACGUUCUUUAAAGCGGCACGUGAGGUCACAUACUGGAGAACGACCUUAUGUUUGUCCGGUGUGCAACGAAGCCUACAUCGAUGCCCGUACCUUGAGGAAGCAUAUGACCAAAUUCCACCGGGAUUAUGUACCUUGUAAAAUUAUGCUGGAAAAGGACACACUGCAGUUUCACAAUCAAGGGACACAAGUGGAGCAUGCCAUCAGUAUUUUAACAUCUAAUGCAGCAGAACAAGAAACAGAGAUGUGUGGUGAAGAGAUGUGUGGUGAAGAAAUUGAGACAGUUGUAGUAACUGAAGAAACUCUUGACUCUGUUGCAGCUACUGAAGAGUGCACAACAGUUUCUACUCUUUCUGACCAAAGUAUCAUGCAGGUAGUCAAUUAUGUGUUGGCACAACAGCAAGGACAGAAAAUAGCUGAGGUUACAGAAGCUAUUCAGACUGUAGAAGUUGAAGUAGAACAUGUUUCUGAUCCGGACUGAACACAAAUGUUCUCUAAUGCAGGAUGACUUCAAUGGAACAGCAUGCAGCUGUCAAAUUAUUACCAGUCAGAAUGGCUGGAUGUCUAAAGUAAUACAAAAGUAUCAGAACUCUGUUUGAGUUUCUUCACUGUAUAAUACCAACGUGUGUAAAUAAAAUUGGAGGCCUGAACCAUAAACUGAUCUUGUACUAAGAUUACUGCAUCCAUUGUAAUCACUUCAUUAAAAAGUAAUCUAAAAAUAAAGUCUUCUGUGUGAUGGUGGUAGGUUUGCCGUAGGUUUUCUUCCUUUGCAGACUUUGUGUGUGUAUACACACACGCAAACACAGUUGUUUAAUUCAUUGAAGUAAUUCAUUAUACCAAAGAUUUGUGUGAGUCACAACUCUACCCCCACCCCCAUGGUAGCCAUACUUACUCACAAGGCAUACUGAAGGCCAGGAUGGGGCUGUGCUCUUGAAGCUAAUCAUGAGUCAUUUGCCAAUACAGGUGAAUAUUGUGGUCAUGGGCAUGAUUGUGUAAGAUAGUCUGAUAUGCUCAUUUAUACUUUUUUUUGUACUUAAGUCUAGCAUACACAGAUGGUGGAAAGCUGUGUUUUGUGAAGUUUUCUGAUGGAAAUUAAGUUGUAAUCAAGUGUGAUCUUUGCAACUGUCCACUAAGUGGCAGGUAGCCUCACAGAGAAACUAAUAUACAUGCAUUUGUAAAUUCCCCCUUUUGUUGUCUUUUGCAUAACCUAAGGUUGCAGUUUAUGAAACAAAAUAUGUUUGUACAUUUUAUUUAUAUGAAGUUUUUGUGAAAUUAUGCUGUAAUUAAAGAAAUAUAAUACCAAAAGGAA